AGUUGACUGAAAGGAUUUAAAAUGUUCAAUGUACUCCAGGACUUUAAAGCUCAAGCUGCAUCAAACCGCAGCAACCCGUACGCCGUGGACGUGAUCCGGGCAAAGAGAAACGAUCUGGUUUAUGGGAUCUCACACACGGAGGAUCUACUGGAUCUCCUCGUCGCGGAGGGUGUCAUGACAGCUGCCAAGAGGUCCAUCAUUUUGACUCUCAGGUCACAGAAAGACCAGAACUCCAGGGUGCUGGACAUCCUGGAGGCCAGGGGUGAAAGGGCAUGUCGGAAGUUUUUCCAUCCGUGCCUCAUGCGGGCAGAGCCCAGCCUUUAUCAGCGCAUCAAGACCUAUGUGGGGAGUGUGAACGAGCACGUUCAAGAUACAAGGAGGCAGCUGAUUGGGUAUUUGCUGGAGAGGGAAAAGGAGGGGAUGGAUAGACUUACAGAUAGAAAAAACAUUCAGAACAAUCUGAAGACUAGUUUACUCACAACUAAAGGAACUAAAACAUUUAGCCCUAAAAGUAGCAGCAUGUCUGAGCCUCUUGCAAAAGCAGAGGACGAACCAGCACAAAGUCAAACAGAGCAUCUUCACGCCGCUGCUUCCAAUGGAGACCUAUCACUGCUGGAGAAGCUGCUAGAAGACGCCAAUAUCAAUUCGGUCAAUCCAUUCAAGCAGAGCCUCCUGCACGUAGCAGCAGAGCGCGGCCGCCGCUCUGUCGUCGAGCUCCUGAUCCGAAAAGGGGCCAGACUGGACCUGCAGGAUGUGCAGGGCCACACGGCCCUUCACAAAGCGGCCAGCGGAGGCCACGAGGAGAUAGUGGAGGUCCUGGUGAAAGCUGGGGCUCCCAUCUACAGCCUGGAUGUGCAAGGCAAGACGGCCGUUCACCUGGCUGCAGACAACGACAGGGGGCCCUCGCUCGGCGCCCUGGUGAGGGGGGAGGCGGAGCGGAGCGGGAGCCGCACGCAGGACCCCUUCCUCCACACGGCGGCCGCCGAGGACAACUGGAGGCUGGCGGAGCGGCUGCUGCAGGGAGGAGCCUGCGUGGAGGCCACCAACCACCUGAAGAAGACGGCUCUGUUUUAUGCGGUUGCCAGGAGCAACGAGAAAACCGUGGCUGUGCUGCUAAACGCAGGAGCCAAAGUCGACAGGGACGUUCUGAAUGAAGCCUUUCAGCUCAAUCAGGAGCCCGUCGUGCGUCUGCUGCUUGCUGAAGCCAGAGGCGCUCUGGGCGAGGACGGGCUGAGCUCCGCGCUCCUCUCGGCCGUGAGACGGAACCAAGGGCCGGUCGUCGCGGCUCUGAUAGACAACGGAGCCAACGUGAACGCGCGUGACCAACGGGGCUACACGCCUCUGCUGCUGUCGGCUGAGCUGGGACACGCCGAGGUCUUCAGUGUGCUGGUAGCAAAGCAAGCCAGCUUGGACGCUACGCUGCCGGACCUCUCCUCCGCGCUGCACCUGGCUGUGCUCGGUGGCAGCGUUCCCAUAGCGGAGACGCUGCUGACAACGGGCCUGAGCCCCAACACGACGGGCCCCGAGGCUCAAACCCCUCUCCACCUGGCAGCUCAGCGUGACAGGAGUGAGUUCGUCAGGCUGCUGGUUAAAAGCGGCGCACAGGUGAACGCCGCGGCCCAGGACGGACUGACCGCGCUGCAUGUCGCCAGUCAGCGCGCUCACGCAGACACCGUGAGGGCGCUUCUUCAGGCCAAGGCGGACGUGCGAGCCAGGGACAGGCUGGGGAGGACAGCCCUGCACUGGGCGGCCUGCUCGCCGGCGGGGGACGGCAGCGUGGUGGACGCACUGCUGGCAGCCAGGGCCGACCCAAACGCCACCGACAGCGGCAGAAGGACGGCCCUCCACCUGGCUGCUGCCGAGGGGCGGCCGCGCGCUGCGGCGUCCCUGUUGUCCCACAGGGCAAAGGCAGGAGCCAAAGACAUGGACGGGUGCACGCCCCUCCACCACGCAGCGGCCGGGGGCCACGACGCCGUGGCCGCCGCCCUCCUGCGCUCGCUCGGCAGCAAGGCGCUGGAGGAGAGGAACGCGUGGAGGAAGACGCCACUCCACGUGGCGGCGGAGAAGGGACACGACGGCGUCGCGGCUCGGCUCCUGGAGGCCGGGGCGCAGGUCAACGCCACGGACCAGAGCAGGGACACGCCGCUGCACGGCGCCGCGCGCGCCGGACACCAGGAGGUGGUGAAGAGGCUGGUAGGCUGGAGCCAGGACACGGCGUGGAGCAGGAAGGUCAACCUGCAGGCGACCAAUAAGUUAGGGAAGACGCCGCUGCAGGUGGCCGAGGGCGGAGACACAGUGGAACAUGAGAGCAUUGCAACUUUACUGAAGAGGAAGAUGUUGCUCAUCAAGUAGAAGGACCACCAGACGAAAACACAGAUAACAUCAAGUUCCAAAAGCCUUCAUCUUCACAGCUUGUAAGAAGUGUCAAAGGCCUUCUUUACACGCAAACAUGCUUGAAUACGGGGAUGAGAGUCAUUCAGAUAGACCUAAAUGACGGGCUGUUAUGUGCCUUUUUAUGCUCAACAUGAAACAUGUCUCUUUAAUAAAUAUUAUUCAUGGACGUUAUAGUGAAUGAUAUUUAGGCAGACCAUAUUUACAGGUAAGUAAAGAUGUAUUUACCAUAGUGCUGACCUGUCACCUUAAACCUGUCAAGCGGAACUACAGUUUCACCUGUUUGCAAAUGUUGGCCAGUGACCAUUGUUGUGAGAGUCUCUGCAGGAGCUCAUUUUAUUGCGGUUGCUUUGUGGGUCACACCAAACCAAAAGGCAGCUGAAUAUGUAUGUCUGACCUACAGACAUCUGUAGCCAUGUGAUGGACACUUGGCUGAUGAUGCACUCCUUCUUCUUCUGUAGCAUUUCCUCUGGUCUGACUGGUGAAAAGAACAAAACCACCAAGCAUGUGAGAAUGCUUUUUUUGCACUUAGUUUACAAUAACGAUCAGUACAGUUUCAUUUUUACUACAAUGCUAUUCAUCAGAAGAUGCUUUGUCAUGAUAAGGGACUGGAAUAAUAGAGGAUUUCAGUGGAAGGUGUGUGUGUUUACUCAUACAAGCACAUGCCUCAUGGAAAAACUAAAAUGCUGUCAAAUCAAGGUUUGAAUGGGUUUGAUGAUGCAUGGUGGUAGCUGCAACAUGGGUUGUAUGACAGCAGUGACAGGAAGGGUGCAUAGACAUGAGACAAUAAUAUUACCUAAUACUUUGAUGAUGUUCAGGAAAAACCUGCUUCAGAAUUGUUUCAACUGGACAGUGGGUUCAUACUGUAGGUCACCUUUCAGUGUUGCUAUGCAUACAGGCAAAUCCAUGUAUAUACUGUACAGUAUAUAAAUAUAUGUAUAUACAGUGGGUCAGAGGAGGAGACAGGCCUUAUAGAUGUGAAGUGAUGAGUGUGUUCUAAGGUUGUAUUUGUGCUGGUCGUGGUGAUCUGUAUUAAACGAAAGCUUCCUAUCGAGGCUAUAUUUACCGUGGUAUGGAGGUUAUGUAGCCUGAGGUUUUGAUGGUUUGUUCAUCACUGGUUUAAACCAUAGACUUCAAGGAACUGACUUUUCCUCUGAAUGUUUUUUAUAUAAUGUACUAUAGAAAUAAAAACUUCCUCCCCUUCCAAAUAUUAUGGAUUUGUAGGUAAGAGCCCUUUUUUUACUAUUGACAAACUGAUAUAGGUUAAGUGAAAUGAAAAGGUCCCGACAUCGUCAAAAUGUUUACAACUGAAGGCAAAACACACACAUAUAAUAAUAAUUAAAUUAGACCUUGUGAUAUGCUAGAGCCAUUUGACCAGUAGUUAAUAUGGAGGGAGCAUGUAACGAGCAUAAAGGACAAAUGUAUGAAAGUUGUUGAUGUCAUGAGGUGUUUAGCUGAUGUAGACUGGGGGGAAUUUUGGUGCACAUAAAUCUUUAUAUAAGGCACUAAUAAGGACAAGAAUUGACUAUGGGAGUGCGGUGUACGGGUCAGCGACAAAAUCAAUGUUGAGGGAUCUGGAAGUGGUUCAGGGGAGAUGGUGAUGGUGGCAAUGGGCAAGUAGGACAGAUGGGGGUGGAAGAGAACAGGUAUAUUUAUGGAAUUCCUUUUUUUGGAAAAUGAGAGAAGUGAGGCUAGAUUUAGAUCUGGGUAGGAGGAAAGGAGAAGAGGGAUGUGAACAUGGUUGAUGAGGUUUCUCACAUACUGUAGUAGAGUCUGAAUAUAAGGAGUUUGAUUUAGUGUUUACAAAUGGGCCUAAAGAUCAGAAAUUAGGGAGAACUUGUGCAGGAGCUGCAAAUAAAUUUAGGAUGGAGAUAGGUGUGAGAACAUCUGAUCAUCUGGGUGUGUUGACAGUGGGGUUGUUUGUUGUUUGAUGGCAUUAAAGUAAGUGGAAAUAAGUGGGAGUAGUAAGGUACUUAUCUACAAUGGUAGCACUAAAAACUAUUAGUAAUAAAAAGUCUAAAUAUCACCAGGAUUCAUUGUCUGAUGUGUUGGACUUAUUAUCUGGGAAUAAGGGGAGUAUAGGAUAAUGUUGUGGGUUGUGUGAAUUCUGCGAAGAGUACAACACCUUAUUAUGGAAUGCAGAAAGUACAAUAGAGAGAGGGAGUUGAUGGUAAGAGACAUGAAACAAGUUGGGUUGAAGGAAGUUAAUUUGGAAAGUUUGUUGGUGAUUUGGGGCGAG